AUGCCGUUGGCUAAGCUGGAUUUGGACGAGUUGAUUUGCAAGAUUCUGAACGUUGUGUCAUCGGGCUGUUCGUUGACCAAGGUGGUGCGCGAGACGGAGAUCAUCCAGUUGUGCAUGCCGGUGCGUGAAGUGUUUUUGCAGUAGAGUACGCUGCUUGAAAUUGAUCUACCAAUCAAGAUCUGCGGCGACACUCAUUGACAGUAGGUUUUUUUUAUCACAAAGUGUGAGUUAUUUGACAUAUUUUUAGUUUUUCAAAUUUAAAGAGCUAUGUAACAGGAUAUUAUUCUUGGUUUUGUAAAAUAAGUCUUGCAAUUUUAAUCUUUAUUUAAUGGUAAAGGAAAGUCAACAGUAAAAGUGACAAUGCUUAAUUUAUACUGUUUCUUAUGCAGUUUUUAGUUUGUAAUAUUAAUGCCGCCAAUCUUGUAGGUAUUCGGACGUUAUGAGGUUAUUUGGCCGAGCUGGCUUUCCGCCUAUUAUCAAUUAAUUGUUUCUGGGCGAUUACGUGGACCGCGGGCGACAAAACAUAGAAACAAUCAGUCUAUUCUUCUGUUACAAAGUAAGUUUUUCAUUUAAGACAUUAAAAUUUUAAAUUUAGUUGGAAUUUUUUUUCAUUUGACGGUUUACCUUAUAUUCACCAUCUUUUGGAUUUGGUAUGCUUUGGACUGUUUAAAAAAAAUUUGUUUAUGUUUUAACAUAACUUUCAAAAAAUUUUAAAGAAAGUAACAAGCAUUAUAAACGAAUACCAAGCAUAUCAUGGUUUAUUGUUUUAGCUCAAGUACCCUGA